AUGCCUCUCGCGACCGUUCACCUCGUCGCCCUGGCAUCGGGAGCUUCGGCAUCCCAAUACCUGCGAGCAUUGAAGUCUUUCCCAGUCAAACCUCUUGUGGCAGCAAAAGUCGUAAGAUGGAUCAUCAAACCCGAAAAGCUCUCCACCCACCUCUUGAAGCAGAAAUGGGACCUUCUUCUCAUCCUCCCAGCCGACCAACCCAUUCCUGAGAUCUGCCUCGCACAGGAAUGGGUCCAUCGACACUGGACAAUCACAGCCGGAGUACCCAAGAGCUUGAUCCAUAAUGGCUUCGAAGAAAAGAAUCAGAAACUCCUUCACCCAUCUCCAGACGCUGUCCCAGAACUCACCGGCUCCCUUGACAAGCCUCGAAAAGCAUCCUCGGCCCAGGGCCUUGAGCUCACAGACGAAAUCCUGCAAUGGUCUUCCUCGCAUCCACAAGACCAUGCAGUCAGCAUGUUAAAUCUCCUCUCUUUCAACCAAGGCAAACAAGCUCAUGAGUCUUAUCUGAGAUACGGCAAAGCUUUCGGCGAAUCCAUUGGAGCCAAACGAGGAGGUCACGCCAAAAUCGUGGGAAAAGUGAUCCCGGAUCAGAAGACGCCUGGAGAGGAUAAGUAUGGUUGGGAUGAGAUUGCUUUGGCGCAUUACCCGAGUAUUCGGCAUUUUAUGGAUAUGUUGGGGUCCGAGGAUUAUCAGGAGGUUAAUCAAAAGCAUCGUGUUCCGGCUUUGAGGGAUACUUGUAUUCUUUGUACCAGUGAGUUGGAUCAAGAG